GGGAGUUGCAGCCGAGGUUUACAGUACAGCCUUUGAAGCAAGCAAGGAGAAAGAAAGGCAUGAGGUGAGACUGCUUUACACGCAAUAUACCACUGCCUUCGCAUAGAUGAAAGUAAAGCAGUUGAUCUGCAACAAGACUGAUUUCAUCAUUAAAUGAGACAGGAUUGCUUUAUGUCCAAGUGUACUCAUCACAUGACCUGAAAAUCUGCCUAGAUCCGUGUUUAACACAUGGCAAAGCCAGACGUGGAUUAAAGCCCUGACAGCUGAUCAAGGUCCAGUGGUCAAAGAAAAGUGGCAGAACAGAUUUACAAGAAUAUUCCCAUUAAAUCAAGGUGUCUGUGUGAGUGCAGUGCGAUAACUACGAUUUCAUAUGUAACAGCCACAUUUUGAGGACGAUGGAGACCCUGUCACAGAGCUCCAAGCUGGAGUGCCAAAUCUGUUUUAACUACUUUAGCCAGCGGCACCGUCCUAAACUAUUGCACUGCCAGCAUACAUGCUGCUCCGUGUGUUUGAGCCAAAUGAGACUUAGUCAGAAAGAGAUCCGCUGCCCGUGGUGCCGGUGUGUGACGCAGCUCCCCAGGGGCCUGUCUGUUUCCUAUCUUCCCGACGACCCGGAAGUGCUUUCCAUCAUCAGUCUGUCACACUCCUCUGAGCACACUCCCAUCUUCAUACAGCUUCCGAACAACAAUUGCUACCUGGUGCCAAUUCCUCUGGAUUCCGAUGGAGAGUUGAUCCCUGGAGAGCAGGUGUGCCGCUUCGGCCCUAAAAGUGCUGUGUUAAAUGUCUCUGAUGGGCGGAGCCUGGUAUUGGGGGAGGACCUGGAAGAGGAGGUGAUUGGGGAGGAAGCUGCGUUUAAGACAACGGCAUGGACAGGAGUUUGCACUGUGCUACUUGUAGCAUUCAUUUUAAUUUUUCUGCUGGGUAUUGUGUUGCACAACAUGUCAUGUGUCUCCAAACGGUUCACCAUUAUUUCCUGCGGAUGAGACCGAAUGGACCAGUGUUGCCCUUAUGUGGCUUGAGAUAUCUUGCUUGAGUACAGUAGUGAUUAUGGAGAUCAUAGCCUCUGUUAUAGGAUAUGAUGAUAACUGUAGACAUGGGAGAGUAAGGGAAUGAAAUAAAACAUUACAAACUGUCAAGGGAACAGUCUAUGCAGAUUUAAUGUCAUUGAAAGCUUAAAUUUUUUUCUUAAAGGGGUAGUUCACCCAAAAAUGAAAAUUCUGUCAUCAUUUACUCACUCUUGUGUUGUUACAAACAUGUAUAAAUGUCUUUGUUCUGAUAAAAAUGAAGGAAGAUAUUUAGAGGAAUGUUUGUAGCCAAACCGUUCAUAAGCCCCAUUCACUUGCAUCGUUUUUUUCCUAUGCUAUGUAUACUAUGAAAGUAAAUGGGGCUUAUGAACGGUUUGGUUACAAAUAUCUUCCUUCAUGUUCAUCAGAACAAAGAAAUUUAUACAGGUUUGUAACAACAUGAGAGUGAGUAAACAAUUACAGAUUUUUUAUGUUUGUGGGUACUAUCCCUUUAAGGUUUAACUGGGGGAAUUUGUUCAAAUAAUGUGCAGAAAUGUCAUUAAUGAAUCUAGCAGUGUUGACUAAAUGUUUUUGCAUGUCUUUUUAGAUAUCAGAAAGAGAAAUCUGAGAGAAAUCCUGUCUCUAAACCGUACUAAAUCAUGUAUUAUUGGAUAGUAUACAGUUGGGUUGUCUGGUUUGUGACUAAACAGUAAAAUCCAGAUAUGUUGGUGUGUAGAUUCACUGCCUUGAAUAAUGCUAUUUUCUGUGUGUAUCUAAAUGGGUCUGUUGUUUAAAGAAUUGUAAUGUACAGUAAGUUUUAUCUCAGCAGUGUCUUUCUGUAGCAACCUUGGGUUUUUUUACUUGUGGAUUUUGCCUUUGAUUAAACAAAUCUUGUUUCCUUU